AUGGCCAUGGUGAAGGUGCCUAUUACGACUCAGAAUACCAUGAAGACCCGGAGAAGACACCGGCAAGCCGUUGCCGUCUCUUUGGUCGUGGUUUUCCGUAUGGCGUUGCUUUGUGGAGCGUGGUAUUCGGACACCAACGACAUCUACAGGCAGUACGGUGACUGGCAGUGGCAAGACGCGUCGAGCCCCGAGUUCUUGCAACUAGCCACCGAAAUAGAGCUCGAUGCAAACGACGGAAGGAAGAACUACAGCGUGGCUAGCGAAGUGCUACGAGCCUACGUACAGGUACUGAAUGGAUUAAGCUACAAUCUCACCUAUGUUGCUCGAAAAACAAGGUGCCCCACAACUGAGCGCUUCGACGAGGAUGUUUGCACGUCUGGCAUUCAGCAUGAAAAAGGAAGAUAUUGCAACGCCCUCGUCUGGCAGGAUUAUUAUGCGUCUAUUCGCGAAACUUAUUUCUACAAGUGUGACAACUUCUGGUCUACUACGUACGAGUAAUUUCUCACAUGUAUAUAUAGCCGUUCGCUCAUUGUCACUCGGCAAUAAACUG